GUCGAUAUUACAGGCGACGUCUUCCAAAAUUACGACAUGGGACAAAUAUGCAUUCACCAGAAGAAAAUUUAUCGUUGUGUCGGAAUAACGGACAAAAUUCUGUCCAGCAAGACGAAUUUAAAGAUGAAGAUGACGUUGAUGCUGCUGCAAGACUUCCGUUACCAGGCGACCACGAGCCUAUUCCAGAUGUAGAGUUUCAUAACCCUCUUUAUAACGACCAAAGCAGAUCAAAUACCAUUAACCCUUCUCCAGCAGACGAUACCCAUUCAAUAAAUGCUACAACAGGUGCGUGCUCACUAGCAGACGACUUAACUAGUAUUAACAAUACAUCGGAGAUAUUCAUCAACUCCGAAAAUGAAUCUGAUACUGAAAGAACAGAACUUGUUUCAAAUUUUGAACAUGAUUUGUCUUCCCCUGGACAAGUGACGUCAGAAAAUGACGUCAUACAAAGUACAGUAUAUAUUGACUGCCUGACAACUCUUUGAUAGGUCGGGAAAA